ACGCUUCUAAAUGCAAACGCCAUCAAUGUCACUCCUCUCUCUUGUUUCCACCCAACGAACCGAACAAACCAAACCUCAACCCGUAACUAAACAUGUACCGCGACGUUUCCAGCUGCAGCACGUACAGCUACGGCGACGCACUCUACUGGGACACGCGCUACUUGCAGGAGGCCGGUUCUUUUGACUGGUACCAGCGUUACUCUGCUCUGCGGCCUCUUGUUCGCAAGAAUAUCCCUACCUCUUCGCGUGUCCUCAUGGUCGGCUGUGGCAAUGCUCUUAUGUCUGAGGACAUGGUCAAGGAUGGGUAUGAAGACAUAAUGAAUAUUGAUAUUUCAGCGGUGGCCAUUGAGACGAUGAAGAGAAAAUAUGAGUAUAUCCCUCAGCUAAAAUACAUGCAGAUGGAUGUUAGGGAUAUGAGUUUCUUUCCGGACAAUUCUUUCGAUAGUGUCAUUGAUAAAGGAACUCUUGAUUCUUUGAUGUGUGGCUUGGAUGCUCCAAUUAGUGCAGCCCAAAUGCUGGGUGAAGUGAGCAGGCUCCUGAAACCAGGAGGGAUCUAUAUGUUGAUAACUUAUGGUGAUCCUAAAGUAAGAAUGAUUCAUUUGAAUCGCUUGGUAUACAAUUGGAAGAUUUUAUUGUACAUAAUACCUCGACCAGGAUUUGAAAGAACUGAAGAUGGCAAUUCUUCAAUGAAAUCAUAUUUGGAGCCUAUUCCGACUACUGAAAAUGGGCACCUUCCAGCAGACUUUGUUAUGGAAGAUCCUGAUUCUCACUUCAUAUACGUAUGUAAAAAGAUGGAUGAUAUUCUAUAGGAACGUGUUCUGGUGAAGGUCUACGGUGCUCUGCAACAAGCUUCAAUAUGCGGCAGCAUAAAAUAACUAUUUCCAUCAUCUUCACUUUUACAAGAAGGAAUAGGUAGCAGGCAUUCGUGCAGCUUUUGUAACAUAAGAUCUUAUUUCUAUGACUCCAUUUGUUAGGUUAACUUCUGGAUUAGCUGCUAAAUAAAUGCAGACAUGAAUCCA